CUGGGUCUGGGCUUUUCGUGGAUAGGUUUAAUUUGUAUUGUACAAGACGAUGUGGGCGACUGGGCUGAAGAAUCGUCCAGAAUGUCCCACAUUUACGCUAACGUGGCUCCUAAAAUGGCCGCAUCCGCUGCAGAUGAACCCACGGAAGGCUUUUUGGGGGUGCGA